GGCUAAACGUAAAUGCUCAUUCAUUUUCUCAAAGACGUCCCUAACCUGGAAGAGAGAGUUAUAUUUACGUCGAUUAACGCUUAUUCACGCGACGAUUAAUACUAAGUGCUAAGUGCUACUGAAAGUUAAAGUGAAGCGAAGGCGAAGAAUCGCCAAUAAAUCGACCAUGACGGAAUGGUAUCAAGCAAAGAUUUUACGUCUAUGCGAAUUGAACAAUGUCGAGGAAAGGGAGGAUAUUGUGGUAGACAUCAAGAUCAAAUUCAAUAGCUUAAACAACUCGGAUCGCCGACAGAUCGCUCGGAAUUUGGAUUACGAACCACUUUUUUUGCAAUUACCCUUGACUAACAUACUCGAUGAUUAUGACAGAAACGUUAGAAUUAUUGAACAGAUAUUCGACAUUUUGGACAUUAUGUCCAGUGUGCUAGAAGGGGGAGAAAUUUAUCUCAAAUAUCCAGUAGAAAUACUUGCCCUGCUAAAUAAUUCACAUCACAUUAUAAGAAAACGUGUGAUAUAUGAAUUGAAGUCAGCAUCUUGUCAUUGUCAAAAGAGAUUUCAAUUGCUCGAUGACACUGCUCUUCUGAUUUCUAUUAUAAACAGUAUCGGCGAUGACGAUUUUGCAGUUGCUGACUGCGCGAUGUCAAUAGUGAAGAAAGCUGGAAUAGCUCCAAAUGAUUCAUAUUUGUUUAAGGAUGAAAUCCUGAGGGCAUUUGCCAAAUUGUUGCAGAAGAAUGAUACUAUAAGCUUUCGUGUUUAUGAAGUGAUAGUGUUCAUAGCCAAAGUAUCCAGGAGGAAUUUGGAAAUGUGGGGUCAAUCAGGUUUACUGAACGGUUUAAUCAACUUUCUAGAUAACGAAGAUAUACUGCUUCAAUUAAACGCCUUGACAGUAUUAUCUGAAUUAACGAUAUUUGAAGAAGGUUUAAGUUAUCUGGAACAGCAGGGAGUGUUGAAUAAGUUGGCUCAAAAGAUAGCACAGGCCAACGAGAAUCCUUUGUCACAUCUUUUGAUUCCCGGUUUGAUGAAGUUCUUUGGUAAUAUCGCGCAUCAUUGGCCCAAUGAAUUAUUUUCCAAAUAUCCUGUGGUAAUCUCCGCGCUAUUUGAAGUGUUUGAUAGGGUUGUGAUGGAGAAUGAAGAUGUCCUAAAGACCGCAUUGGAUACUCUGGGAUUAGUGUCUGCGAGCGUCGAGGGCAAGUAUGCGUUACAAGCUCUAGGAGAUGCGAUGCCCAGUGCUCUUAAGAAGAUCGCCGAGAUAGUGCAGAGAAUGCCAACUUCUUUAAGAAUUCACGGCCUCUAUUGCCUUGCCCUUAUACUCGAGGUCAAGAGCGAUGAACAAGACAAUAGAAUUUUGUCCCUGACAAAACUAUGGUUCGAUUCGUUAUGUGAUGAUCCAUUAGAUAUGAUUGUAUCGAUAUGCAGACAACCGUUCAAGGAUAUCAAAAUAGCCGGUUUGAAGGUUUUGAUGCAGAUCAGCUCUCAAGUAUGGGGACAAGAAUAUAUAUCCAUUCAUCCGGGUUUGGUGGAAUUCCUAUUAGAUAGAAAUAUCGAAUCGUUCACAGAAUGUAAGCGGGCCAAGUACGAAAUUGUAGAAUGUUUGUCUCAAGCGGAGCCAAAUAUAUUCGACUGGGAUACUAUACGGAAAUUUAAGCAAUUUGUUGAUGAAGGUCCGUUUUUUGUCAAUGUUAAUAGAGAAGUCGCGAUAGAGGGGGAGGAAUAAAGAGGAAGAGGAACAAAUCUUUGCAUUAUUAUUUAUUAAAUGUUAAUAUUAAAUAUAUAUAUUAUAUGCAACAUGUAAUGUAAGAAACUUUAAUAAGAUGCGGUCUAACAUUUAUUUUGCAUUUAUAUGUAUAUAUUUUUUUUUAUUUUUUUUUUUUUUUUCAAAAACAUUAAUUAAAAUUAAGAUUUUUACAUUGUUUCCAAAACCGAUUUUAUUAAAGCGCGUAUGUGCGCGUUUAUUCUUUUUCUCGCACUGCAAGAACAUUGUGUCAGAAUUUAUAUUGGACCUUAUAUAUAGGUAUAUAUACAAAGAAAAAUAAUUUAUUUUAUAUUUAGCGAUACACAGAAAAAUCCAUGCUGUUACAUAUUUGAGACAGAUGAAAAGUGGUGUUAAUACAAUGUCUGAUAACAUUUUACCAUUGUUUUGCAGAUCUUUACAAAACAUACAUAAUAUGUGUAAAUAAAAUUGUAUAAAUAACCGUACGAGCGGUGUGUAAGUGUGUGUGUUAAAUAUAUUGUAAUUUUUAUAUUA